CACCUCCAGUGGCAACUGUAGUGGCCUUUGAGUGGCUGAAGACCAACACCCUCACAGGCCUAUGCGCAGACCUACUACCCACUUUUCGCAGCCUGAUUGAGCCCCUCUGUACCUUGUUCGUGUCUUCAGCAAGGGUGAUUACAUGGGUCGUGUUCAGGAAGUGGGCUGGGUGACCGCAGGACUGAUGAUCUGGGCUGGUGCUUGCUACUGCAUUUACAGAUUAACCAAGGGAAGAGCCCAGAGUGUGAGGAGACUUGCCAGAAAUGGGUCCAGAGUCAAAAUGGAGACUGUGGUUGGGAUACAGAACCAGACCUUGGCGAUGUGUGAAGCCAUGGUUGGGACAGAGAUUGAGACUAGAUCCAAGCCCAAGACUGGAGCAGAAACUGGAGCAGGAGGUGGGGCUGGGGCUGAAGUAGAGACUAAUACCACUGCUACAGCCAGAAUCAAAGCCAACUCUCAAGCCAAGGCAUGGGCUGAGGCAGAGACAGAGACCCAAUCUGAGGCCAAGACAGUGGCUGGAACAGUGGUCAUAACAGAGGCAGUGAUUCUGACUGAGGCCAAAGCCAGUGAAGUGGCCAUGAAAGAAGCAGUGACCCAAACUGACUCUGAGUCUGGGAGACUAGUCAAGAAAGAGGCAGUGACCCAGACCAAGGCUAAAGCUUGGGCACCUGGUGCUAGGGCAGAGACCAAGAAAGAAGCAAUGACCCAGACCAAAGCAGAAACUCGUAUAUUGGCUGAAAAAGAGACAGAAAUGAACAGAGUGAUGGUGACACAGAAUGAGGCCUUGGCAGUAAUCAGGGAAGUGGCCAAGAUGGGUACCAUAAACAAGAUUGGAAGUGUGGCUGAGACCAAGUUGAGAGCCCUGGAAGAGACUGUGAGUGUGGCCAAGACUCAGUCUGAGGCCAGGUCUGGUACCUCAGUUGAUGCUAAGGGAAAUCAUAACACCAAGUCCAAGGCAGAAUCUGGAGCAGACAUGAAGUCCUGUGCACUGUCUCAGGCUGUGGCCAAGAUCCAGGUUGACGACAUGCUUGGUACUGGGGUUGAGGCCAAGGGGAACUGCAAAACUGUGUCUCAGGCAGGGUCUGUGGCAGAUAUGAGGGCUUCUGCUCAGCCUCAGAUUGUAGCCAAGACUGAAGCUGUGCCUGGGGCAAUGGUUGAUGCUGGGGUUAAUACCAAUGCCAUGUGUGAGGCAGGGGUUGGGGCAGGUACAAGUGCUUCUACGCAAUCUCAGACUGUGACCAAGAAACAGGCUGAGACAAUGUCUAGUGCCAGGGUUGAUGAUAGGGGAAAUAACAAUGUCACAUCUAAGGCAAUGACUGGAGCUGACAUGAGGGCUGCCGCUCAGCCUCAGGCUGUAGCCAGUGCUCAGGCUGAGGCUACGUCUGAUGCCAGGGGUAAGGGUAGAGGCAAUUCCAAUGCCGUAUCUAAGGUGGGGGUUGGGACAGACACUGAGUCCUAUGCACAGCCUCAGCCUAAGGCCAAUGUCCAGGCUGAUGCCUUGCCUGAUGGCAGGAUUAAGGCUCAGGGCAAUGCCAACACCAAGUCUAAAGAAGAGGCUGGGACGGACACAAAGGCACAGUCUCAGACUUCCACUAAGAGCCAGGCUGAGGCUCUACCUAGUACCAGAGGUAAAGCUAGGGGCAAAGCCAAAGGCAAGUGUAAGGCAGGGGUCGGAGCAGACAUGAAAACCUGUGCACAGCCUCAAGCUGGGGUCAAGGCCCAAGCUGAAAUUUUCCCUGAUUCCAGGACUGAUGGCAGGGGCGAUCCUGAUACCAUUUCUGGGGCAGGGGCUAAGGCAGAACUAAGGGCCUGUGGUCAGCCUCAGGAAAUGGCCAGUUCCCAGGGCGAGGCCUUGCCUGGUGCCAAGAAGAAGGUCCAGGACAAUCCCAAUGCUGUGUCUAAGUCAGGGGCUGGGCCACAUGCAAAGAGCUCUGCACAGCCCCAGGCUAUGGCCAAUACCCAAGGGGAAGCCUUGCCUGGUGUCAAGAAUAAAGUCCGGGGCAAUCCCAAUACUGUGUCUAAGGCAGGUACUGGGCAAGAUACAAAGGGCUCUGCCCAGCCUGAAACAGAUACAACAAGCUCUGCUCAGCCCCAGGCUGUGGCCAGUUCUCAGGGCGAGGCCUUGUGUAGUACUAAGAAUAAGAUCCAGGGCAAUCCUAAUGCUGUGUCUAAGGCAGGGACUGGACCAGAUACAAAGAACUCUGCCCAGCCCCAAGCUGUGGCCAGUUCCCAAGGUGAGACUUUGCCUGGUGUCAAGAUUAAAGUCAGGAGCAAUCUCAACGCUGUGUCUAAGGCGGGGGCUGGGCCAGAUACAAAGGGCUCUGCCCAGCCUCAAACAGAUACAACAGGCUCUGCUCAGCCCCAGGCUGUGGCCAAUUACUGGGGUGAAGCCUUGUCUGCUACUAAGAAUAAGGUCCGGGGCAAUCCCAAUGCUGUGUCUAAAGCAGGGGCUGGGCCAGAUACAACGUGUUCUGCCCAGCCUCAAACAGAUACAGCAAACACUGUCCAGCCCCAAUCAGUGGCCAAUUCUCAGGGUGAGGUCUUGCCUGGUGCCAAGAAUAAGGUCAGGGGUAAUCCCAAUGAUGUGUCUAAGGUAGGGUCUGGGCCAGAUACAGUGGGCUCUGUUCAGCCCCAAGCUGAGUCUAAUUCCCAAGGUGAAGCCUUACCUGGUGCCAGAAAUAAGGUCCGGGGCAAUCCCAAUGCUGUGUCUAAGGUAGGGUCUGGGCCAGAUACAAAGGGCUCUGCCCAGCCCCAGGCUGCAGCCAAUUCCCAGGGUGAGACCUUAUAUGGUACUAAGAAUAAGGUCCGGGGCAAUCCCAAUGCUGUGUCUAAGGUAGGGUCUAAGACAGAUACGAAGGGCUCUGCUCAGCCCCAGGCUGCAGCCAGUUCCCUGGGUGAGGCCUUGUGUGGUACUAAGAAUAAGGUCCGGGGCAAUCCCAGUGCUGUGCCUAAGGCAGGGGCUGGGCCAGAUACAGCAGACUCUGCCCAGCCUCAGACAGAUACAACAGGCUCUACUCAGCCGCAGGCUGUGGCCAGUUCCCAGGGUGACGCCUUGCUUGGUGCCAGGAGUAAGGUCAAGGGCAAUCCCAAUGCUGUGUCUAAAGCAGGGACUGGACCAGGUACAACAGGCUCUGCCCCACCCCAGGCUGUGGCCAAUUACCAGGGUGAGGCCUUGCUUGGUGCCAGGAGUAAGGUUAGGGGCAAUCAUGUUGCUGAGUCUAAGGUAGAGGCUGGAGCAUGUACGAUGGGCUCUGACCAGCGUCAGUCUGUAGCCCAUUCCCAGAGUAAGACCUCGUAUGGGGCAAAGGACAAGGCUAUGCGUAAGUCUGAGGCAGAAGCCACAGGAGAUGCCUCUGUAAAGCCAAAGCCGAAGGCUAAGGCCACGCCCACUUCUGAGAGUGAGGGUGGGGCAGGCACUCAGGCCUGCAAAAAGUCUCAGCCUAAGGUCCAUGACUACUACUGGAAUGGGAUUGGUGUUGAGGACUGGAUUGCUUCUGAGCGGUGGAUCAAAUUCAGGUUUCAGGCUAGGGAUGGAUACUGGGAGAAUAGCAUGUCCUGGGCUGAUGAUGAGAAUGAAGCCAAUGUUGAAUCCUGGAGUGCAGCUAGGGGUGAGAAUGAGGUUGGUAUUCAAUCCUGGGCUGGAGCUGGGGACCAGACCAGUGGAGGGCUCUGGGCUGGGAGUCAUGCCAGUGAACAGUCCUGGGCUGCAGGCCAGGCCAGUGGGGGUUACUGGGUAGAGGCUGGGAACAAGGCUGUUGGAGGGUCCUGGACUGUGGCUGAGGACCAGGCCAGUGGGGCUUCUUGGGCUGGCACUGGCAACCAGGCCGUUGUGGUGCCCUGGACUGGAGCUCAGGCCAGUGAGAGUUCCUGGGCUGGGGGCCAGGCCAGUGGGGUAUCCUGGACUGGGGGAGAGACCAUUGGAGUGUCCUGGACUGUGGUUGAGAAUCAGGCCAAUGGAGCAUCCUGGGCUGGGGCUGAGGCACAGGCCAGUGGAAGGUCCCAGGAUGGGGCUGGGAUUCAGGCUAAUGGAGGGUCCUGGGCUCAGGCUACAGCUGGGAAUGUGGUUAACAUUGGGUACUGGGCUGUGGCUGUGGACCAGGCUACUGGAGGGUCCUGGAUUCUGACUAGUGAUCUGUCUGGCGGUGCAUCCUGGGUUGGGACUAGUGAUUUGUCUGGUGGUGGAUCCAAGCCUAGACUUGAGCAUCAGACCAAUGAAAAUGUGUCCUGGGCUGGAGCUGGGCUGGGGCCUGAAAACCAGUCCAGUGGAAGGGCCUGGGCUGACGCUGCAGACCAAGCCAGUGGAGGGUCUGGGCUAGGGCUUGUGGAUGAGUCCAGCGGUGGGUCCUGGGUUACAGCUGGAGAACAGCCCAAUAGAGGGUAUAGGCCAGGGCUUGCAGACCAGUCCAGUGUUGGGUCCUGGACUGGCACUGGGAACCAGGCCAGUGAAGGAUUCUUGGUGGGGGCCGUGGAUCAGGCCAGUGGGGGUUCUUGGACUGGGACUCGUGAUCAGCCUGGUGGUGGGUCCAAGCCUGGAUUUAAGGAUCAGGUCAGUGAAGAAGAGUCUUUGGCUGGGGCUGGUAGCCAGGCUGGUGGAGGGACUAGGUUGGGGCCUGAGGACCAGUCCAGUGGAGGGUCUUGGGCUGACUCUGGGGACCAAGCCAGUGGAGGCUUCUUGGUUGGGGCUGUGGACCAGGCCAAUGAAGGGUCCUGGGUUGGACCUGGGCAUCAGGCUGGUGGUGAGACAAAGCCUAGAUAUGAGGAUCAGGCCAAAUCUGGAAGAGUGUCUUGGGCUGACAGUGGGGGCCAGGCUAGUGGAGGCCAGGCUAGUGGAGGGUCUACACUGGGGCCCAGGGACCAGUCCGUUGGAGAUUCCUGGGCUGGCAUUGGGGACCAGGCCAGUGGAGGAUCCAGGCCAGUGCUCAAGGAUCAGUUCACUGGAUGGUUCUAUGCUUGCAGUGGGAGUCAGGCCAAUACAGGAGGUUCCUGGGGUGGGGCUAGUGGCCAGGCCAUUGGAGGGCCUGGGCUUGGGCCCAUGAACCAGUCCAGUGGUGGGUCCUGGGCUGAUACUGGGAGUCAGGUCAGUGGAGGGUCUUGGGCUGGGGCUGGGGAUCAGGCUGGUAGCUGUUCCAAACCUGGAUUUGAGGAUCAGGCCAGUGGAGGAGCAUUCUGGUCCGGUGCUCAGGACCAUGCCAUUGGAGGGUCUAGUCCAGGGCUUGCAGACCAGGCCAGUGGUGGGUCCUGGGUUGGUACUGGGAGUCAGGCCAGUGGAAGGUCCUGGAUUGUGGCUGGGAAUCAAGCUGGUAGCUGUUCCAAACCUGGGUUUGAGGAUCAGGCCAGUGGAGGAGGCUCCUGGGCUGGCACUGGGGAUCAGCCUUGUGGAAAAUCCUGGGCUGGGUCUAAGCCUGGGAAUGAGGCCAGUAGAGGGUCUAGCUUAGGGCCUGAAGAGCAGGAAAGUGGAGGUUCCUGGGCUAGGCCUGGAGACCAGACCAGUAGAAGGUCUCAGGUGAGUGCUGGGACAGAGGCCAAUGAAGGAUCCUGGUUUGGGGCUGGGAGUGAGGCUAGUACAGGGUCUUGGUUCUGGAGAGGGGAAGAAGCUGGUAUUGUGUCUAGCCGUGGAGAUAAAAAUGAGGCCAGUAUUGAAUCCAGCUCAGUGGUUAGGGAAGAGGCUAUCAUUAGUUCUAGAUUUGGGGCUGAGAGCAAAAACAGCAUUGGGUCCUGGAUCAGAUCUGAUGAGGCUGCCUAUAUGGAUUCCUGUGUGGGGGCUGAGGCUGGGGCUGGGGUUGGGGCUGAGGUCAGGCAGGAGUCUUGGCUCUGGGAUGGAGACACAGCCACUACAGGGUCUAGGCUUGGGGUUGGGGAAGAGGCUGGCACGGGGUCCUGGACUUUGGCUGGGGAUGUAGAUGAGGAUGAGCUAAGUAGAGCAUCCAGCCCCGAUAUUGAGGAGAUAAGUUUAAGGUCCUUGUUUUGGGCUGAGAGUGAGAACAGUAAUGCAUUCAGAUCUAAGCGUGAGAAAGAUGUCAACUUUGAGCGUGGGGCUGGAGGUAAGGCCAGCACCAAGGAUAAGCUUGAAGCUGCUGGUGGAGUCGAUGUAAAGUCUUGUUUCUGGGAUAGUAAUGAAAACAGAAGUGAGGACAAAUCUGCACCUAAGACUAAAGCCAAAAAGUCAGCUGAGUCAAGAGUCACAUAUCCAUCUAUGGUCCCUGGGGCAGGAAUGGGGUCAUGGGCGGGAGCCAUGAUCUGGACAGAAAUGAAAUUUCCAUAUCAAAAUGAAUCCUGCUUCCCACCUGAAGAUGAGCUCAGAAAGCAGAUCAGGUCUGGGGAGAAAACUCAGCCUUGGGCCUGCCGCUGUAGACAUGAAACUAAUAUGGAUCCACGAGAGCUUGAAAAACUCAUUUGCAUGAUUGAGAUGACUGAAGAUCCUUCUAUUCAUGAAAUAGCCAAUAAUGCUCUGUAUAACAGCCGUGAUUACCCAUUCUCCCAUGAAGUCAUUCGUAAUGCAGGUAGAAUCUCAAUUAUUGAAGGCUUGCUCAAUAAUCCCUACCCCAGUGUUAGGCAGAAGGCUUUAAAUGCACUGAAUAACAUCUCGGUGGCUGCUGAAAAUCACAGGAAGGUUAAAACAUACUUAAACCAAGUAUGUGAAGACACCAUCACCUAUCCCUUGAAUUCAAAUGUGCAGCUGGCUGGAUUGAGAUUGAUAAAGCACCUGACUAUUAUUAGUGAAUAUCAGCAUAUGGUUACAAAUUACAUUUCAGAAUUUCUUCGUUUGUUAACUGUGGGAAGUGGAGAAACUAAAGACCAUAUUUUGGGAAUGCUUUUAAAUUUCUCUAAAAACCCAUCUAUGACAAAAGACUUGCUCAUUGCCAAUGCACCAGCAUCACUGAUUAAUAUCUUUAGCAAGAAAGAGACAAAGGAAAAUAUUCUUAAUGCUCUCUCACUAUUUGAAAAUAUAAAUUACCAUUUUAAAAGAAGAGCAAAAGUAUUUACCCAGGACAAGUUCAGUAAAAAUUCCCUUUAUUUCAUAUUCCAACGACCUAAAGCAUGUGCCAAGAAACUUCGAGUCUUAGCAGCAGAAUACAAUGACCCUGAGGUGAAAGAAAGAGUUGAGCUAUUAUUAAGUAAACUCUGAUUAGUUGUAAUUUUCCAAACAAAUUUGAGUAAUAUUUGGGUUUUGCAGCCUGGAAGUAAUGCACAUUGUAAAUUGCAUUAUAAUUUCUAAAGUGAUGUUGCUUAUGAUGGUCGUUAGCUGGACCAUUUUAUGAACACCAAAUGAAUUCAAUUUUGUACUGAAAAUACAUGUGUUGAUUUUUACCUUGUCUGGAUUGAGAUAUUUUUGGUAUGCUUCAUGAGCAGAAACUGAGCUGAUUCUUCAUAAGUAAGGUAAUCUUUGGUCCUUUGUGUGGACUUAUGUUUAUACAUUUGAGACUUUAUUUUUAUGUCAUCAAUAAAGUUGUGUGUUUUAAGCAGAAAAAAAAGACACGUCUUUGUCCUUGAGUCUGUGAUCUAUUUGGAAAGGCAAGAUGUAUGGAAACAAAAAGAUACUAACAAAACCCAAGAGCCUAUGAUCAUAGCCAGCUGUUUCCCAUUAGUGCUUAAAGGCAGAAGAAACUUCUGCAUGCAACAGUGUUCAGGGAAAGUUUUGCAGAGGAGGGGGCACUUAAGUAAGCUGGGCAUGAAAGACAGGAUAAAAACAGGGCAGAAGGGCAUUGGAGGAGGGAGGAGUGACGGGAAGAAAGGCAUGGAGGUGGGAAUUUUGCUCCACAGAGGAGACUGGCCUGCCUGGAGUACAAAGUGUGGGGAGGGGAGUGAUGGAAAAUACAGUCCAGCAGUUGGGUGAGUCCCAUUCAUGGAGGAUCCCUGAUUUCUAAACUGAGGCGUCUGUAUAUUCUACCCACUUCUGGGAGACACGAAAGCCUUUUGUGACCAGAGGAGUGACAAGAUGAAAGGAACAUUAUGUGACUGACUUGCGUGCAGAAUGGGUCAGAGUUGGGGUGGGGACAGGAUUGGCCACUGGAGAUUGGAACACCACUUAGGAAGUUACCACCAUAGUUCAGGCAUAGUUCCUAAAGGCGUGAAAUUUCACUGGUGGCAAUGGGAGUGGCAAGGGGAGGAAGGAAGUGAGAGUUGCUUUGAAUGAAGAAGUGCUGGAACCUAUCCUGGGGACAUACAGAGAGGGACAAUUUUAUUGUAGGGUCC